GGACUGUGCCCGUCUGCGCCUAUUUGGCUAACUGUAGUUAGCAUUAGCAGCGGGGCUGAGGGGUGUGAGAGAGGGAGAGGGGGUCCGGCCUCGCUGGACAAACGUUUUCCUUCGUGACAGCAGUCGUUUAAAUGAGAAAAUAGUCCCUGCAAAGGAGAGGAACCGUCCUCACAGGCCGCGGUGCUUCGGUCGUAAAGCUUUAGCCCCGUUCGCCUUCAUAUGAAAAUGAAGUUCAUCAGCGGGUCUCCUCAGCGGCGAGCUAGCAUAGCCCAUGGAUAUCGCUUCCUCCUUUCGCUUUCAGACAUCAGCCAAGCCGAUGCACCACUUCCCUUCGAUGCGUUCCCAUUUUAUGGAUUCUGAUAUGGACUAUGAGAGGCCAAAUGUCGAGACUAUCAAGUGUGUGGUUGUUGGGGACAAUGCUGUGGGAAAGACCCGGCUCAUCUGUGCCCGGGCCUGUAAUGCCACCUUGACCCAGUACCAGCUACUGGCCACACAUGUGCCUACUGUCUGGGCCAUAGACCAGUACAGAGUGUGCCAAGAGGUGUGUUUCUCCAACCAGGUUCUAGAGCGCUCUAGGGAUGUGGUGGACGAUGUCAGUGUGUCCUUACGGCUCUGGGACACUUUUGGAGACCAUCACAAGGACAGACGCUUUGCAUAUGGCAGGUCUGAUGUAGUGGUGCUGUGCUUCUCCAUUGCAAACCCAAACUCCCUGCACCAUGUGAGGACCAUGUGGUACCCAGAAAUCAAACACUUCUGCCCUAGAGCUCCAGUCAUUCUGGUGGGUUGCCAGCUGGACCUGAGAUAUGCUGAUCUAGAGGCAGUCAACAGGGCCCGCCGCCCGCUGGCCAGGCCCAUAAAAUCAAAUGAGAUUCUGCCUCCUGAGAAGGGCCGUGAAGUGGCCAAAGAGCUGGGCGUUCCGUACUAUGAAACCAGUGUCGUUGCUCAGUUUGGAGUCAAAGAUGUUUUUGACAAUGCCAUCCGGGCUGCCCUCAUCUCGCGCCGCCAUUUACAGUUCUGGAAAUCCCACUUGCGGAAUGUGCAGCGGCCUCUCCUCCAGGCCCCUUUCCUCCCUCCAAAACCACCUCCUCCCAUCAUCACGGUACCUGCACCACCCAGCAGCAUUGAGGAGCACCCGGGCCGGUUGCUGGAGGAUCCGCUGUGCUCUGAUGUUAUCCUGGUCCUGCAGGACCGCCAGCGGAUCUUUGCUCACCGUAUCUAUCUGGCUACGGCCUCCUCCAAGUUCUACGACCUUUUCCUGGCUGAGCGCCAUGCUCCUGAGGACACUAAGAAAGAGAAGGAGCGUCCACGGCCUCCACUGUCUGGACGGGAGCUGUUGAUGCGGGCUGCCAGUUUUGAUGUUUGUGAGAGCAUAGAUGAAAGAGACAGGGCAAACCUUCGGGCUUGCACCAGCGAUGGAACCCUCAAAGGUGGAGAAGGUGGAGGCCGGCUACUCCCUGCCUUUAGCCGGGCUUUUGUCAGUGUCCAGGAAGAAAUGGUAGAUGACCCAGUGACCUUCAGCUCCAGGCAGAUGACCGUGAUUCAUAUGGACCCCUCAAUGCAGCCGGGGCCAUUUAGGGCUGUGCUGCGGUACUUGUACACAGGGAAGCUGGAUGAGCGGGAGAAGGAGCUGAUGCAGGUGGCGCACAUCGCUGAACUGCUGGAGGUAUUUGACCUGCGCAUGAUGGUGGCCAACAUCCUUAACGAUGAGGCAUUCAUGAACCAGGAGAUCACCAAGGCAUUCCAUGUGAGACGCACCAAUCGAGUUAAAGAGUGCCUGGCUAAAGGAACAUUCUCAGAUGUGGUGUUCAAGCUGGAUGAUGGUACGAUAAUGGCCCAUAAGCCUCUGCUCAUCUCAAGCUGCGACUGGAUGGCAGCCAUGUUUGGAGGACCCUUUGUAGAGAGCUGUACUAAAGAGGUGCUGUUUCCGAACACUACCCGCAGCUGUAUGCGUGCGGUAUUGGAGUAUCUCUACACAGGCCGCUUCUGUUCUCGCCCAGACCUGGAUGCAAUGGAGCUCAUCGUCCUUGCAAACCGUCUCUGUCUGCCUCACCUGGUUGCACUGACAGAGUUGUACACUGUGACUGUGCUUAUGGAGGCAGCCAUGAUGGGCGCUGACAUAGAUGGAGAUGUACUGGUUUAUCUGGAAAUGGCACAGUUUCAUGGCGCUCAUCAGUUGGCUGGAUGGUGCCUCCACCACAUCUGCACGAAUUACAAUAGCGUCUGCCGCAAGUUCCCUCGUGAUAUGAAGGCCAAGUCAACAGAAAACCAGGAAUACUUUGAAAAACAUCGCUGGCCCCCAGUGUGGUAUCUGAAAGAAGACGAUCAUUAUCAGCGGGCCCGUAAGGAGAGGGAGAAAGAGGACUACUUGUACCAGAAGCGUCAGUGUAAGCGCAAGUGGCUCUUCUGGAACCUUCCGUCCUCACCCUCCUCCAACUCCCCCUCUUCUCCUGGCUCCUCAGCUGUAAUGUGA